GGCGGGGACGAAGAAGAGUCACAUGAUAAUCAAAGCUCGUGAAAGGAGGGCAAGGAAAAGAGCCGUCACGUGAUCCCGCCGAGCCGCUCCGGCGAGUGGGGAGGGGGUGGCAGGCAGGUGGGUUCUUCUUGCCCCUGGCCAUGGCAUCUCAGCGGCAACCUUACGUGGAUACGGCCCCAAUCCUGACCCAGGCAGAUGACACAGAGGAAGAGGGAAAGGAUGGUCUGCAAACUGGGCAUGAAGGGGAAGAAGAGGUACAGACCCUCACAGGCAUCUCCUCUACACGGGCUGGCUUCAUUGUGGGAGUUCUCUGCUUUGUUAACCUACUGAACUACAUGGACCGCUUCACUGUGGCUGGCGUUCUUCCUGACAUUGAGGCAUUUUUUACAAUUGAUGAUAGCAAAUCAGGGCUCCUACAAACAGUUUUUAUUAGUAGCUAUAUGGUACUUGCACCAAUUUUCGGUUACCUGGGGGAUCGCUAUAAUCGCAAAUACCUGAUGUGCAUUGGGAUCACCUUCUGGUCAAUAGUGACGCUGGGGAGCAGCUACAUUCCCAAGGAGAUGUUCUGGCUGUUGCUGCUGACACGAGGCAUGGUGGGUGUGGGAGAGGCCAGCUACUCAACUAUUGCCCCCACCAUUAUUGCUGAUCUGUUUGUGGGUGACCGGCGAUCCCGCAUGCUCAGCGUCUUCUACUUCGCCAUACCUGUGGGCAGUGGACUGGGCUACAUAGUGGGUUCAAAGGUGAAAGAUGUGGCUGACGACUGGCAUUGGGCCCUGCGGGUGACACCAGCCCUGGGGGCGUUGGCGGUGAUACUGUUGAUAACUGUGGUGCGGGAGCCGCCUCGAGGAACUGUGGAGACGCACUCGGAUGCCCCUCUGCAAUAUACUUCCUGGCCAGCUGACCUGCGGGCCCUGAGCCGCAAUCGCAGUUUCAUAUUGUCAUCGCUAGGCUUCACAGCUGUGGCCUUUGUAACAGGCUCCCUGGCUCUGUGGACACCAACUUUCCUGUACCGCUCACGCCUGGCCGCUGGCACUCUCCAGCCUUCUCCCUCAGGACAUGCUUCUGACUCUGAUAGCCUCACCUUUGGCGUCAUCACUUGCGUGACUGGUGUGCUGGGUGUCAGUGCUGGGGUGGAGAUUUCCCGGCGCUGGCGCCGCACCAACCCUCGUGCUGAUCCCCUGGUGUGUGCAACUGGACUGCUGGGCUCUGUCCCUUUCCUGUUCCUGGCAGUGGUGACUGCUAAGCAGAGCAUCGUUGCCACCUACGUAUUUAUCUUCAUUGGUGAGACCCUCCUCUCCCUCAACUGGGCCAUAGUGGCGGACAUCCUUCUGUAUGUUGUCAUCCCCACACGCCGAUCCACAGCUGAAGCUUUCCAGAUCCUGCUGUCGCAUCUUCUGGGUGAUGCUGGGAGCCCUUAUCUCAUUGGCCUGAUCAGUGACCGAAUCCAAGCUGAUCGCCCCCAAACAUUCCUGUCGCAGUUCCGAAGCCUUGAAUAUGCGCUUAUGGUCUGUGCCUUUGUGGGAGUUAUUGGUGGCGGCUUCUUCCUGGCUACGGCUUGCUUCAUCCAGGCAGACCGUAAGCGCACAGAGCUGUAUGUACAAGGGCAAUUUCACGAGUCACCUGAAGGCGAAGAUCGCAUUGUUGUUCCUCAGGGUGGGCGACCCACCAAAGUCCCUGUCUCUAGUGUCCUGAUCUGAAGCCCGCCCCACUUGGUUCCUUCAAUCUGGGAAAGAAUGAUGGACUUGUGAUCAGCUGAGCAUGGCGCUCACAGGGAGAUGAGGACUCUCUGAAUGGACCCAGGCGGGUGGUUUUGUGGGCAACAGGAGAAGAUCAGUUUUUUUGUGUCUGUGUUUCUGGGAUUUUUAUAAAGCACUAACUUUAUCAA